CAGAGACUUGGCUCUCAGAAUCGAUCGGCUCUUGAGGCUUCUCGCGAGUCACUCUCUUCUGAGUUGUUCGGUUCGUGAGAACGAAAACGGUGCAUCUGAGAGAUUCUAUGCGAUUUUUGCCAUAGGGAAGCACUUUGUGAGUGGAUUCUUGGGACUCGUACCAAUCUUUUUGUCAUCCAGCAAUCAUGCAAGCUUGGGUCAACUUUAAGGAUGCAAUAAUAGACAAAGAUAAUGACUUGUUUAAGAAAAUUCAUGGAAUGCCAAUGUAUCAAUACGCAAAGACAGAUCCAACAUGGAACAAAACUUUCAACAAAGCAAUGGCCAACGUUUGCAAUAUGGAGAUGAGAAUGAUAUUGGAAACAUACAAAGGAUUUGAUGGAAUAUCAACACUUGUUGAUGUUGGAGGUGGCACUGGUCAAAACCUUAAAGUGAUUGUCUCCAAGUACCCUUCAAUUAAGGGGAUUGAGCAUGUAGGAGGAGAUAUGUUUGAAAGUGUUCCAAAAGGUGAUGCCAUAAUAUUAAAGGCUGUAUGUCACAAUUGGUCAGAUGAAAAUAGCAUUAAAGUGUUGAGCAAAUGUCAUGAAGCAUUACCAGAAAAAGGGAAGGUGAUAGUGGUGGAAUUCAUAAUGCCAGAAGCAAUUGGAGCGACAGAAGAAGCCAAGUUGGUAGCGAACAUGGACAAUCUCAUGUUACUUCAUGAUGGAAGAGAAAGAACUGAAAAAGAGUUUGAGUCUCUUUGCAAACGUUCUGGCUUUUCUAGUUUCAAAGUGUCAUGCCGUGCCUUCUCUGUUCUUGGAGUGAUGGAGUUCUAUAAAUAAAUAUAGUCAACUCAUGUACUUUAAUUUGCUCAUCAGUAGUGUUGAUCACAAGUGUUUUCCAAUCUUCGUUUGAAUCUCUUUUCUCUGAAAAAUAAAUAAAUAAACAAAGAAUGUACUAUCUAAUAUCAUGUGAACUUGAAAUUUUAGUAUUAUAUAUGG